AUGGCUUCUUCUUCUUCAUCAAAACAGCUCUGGGAGCAUCUCCAAGAGCAACAGAAGCCGUUUGUGUUAGACGCUUACCUUUCCGAACGAAAGAUCAUGAUGAACAAGAAACAAAAGAGACCAUGCAGUUAUGAUUUGAACAAAAGAAGAAUUACUCAGACUAGGAAGAACCUGAAGCUGUUAUUACUAAAGCUCACUUGCACUAGCCAAUACGGCCAGUCAGUUUCAAGCUGCCAUAAAGCUCAGAAACAUGAACUUGUUUUGGAAGCAAUUCAGAAGCCCCAGCAGAUUGGAGAAAUGAAGUGGCUUCCUAAAGUGAGCAGUUCAGUUGCAGUUGGUGAAUCUUUCAGAUGCAGUGAUAAAGAGUCACCUUGUUAUGAAAACCAUGCCUCUCUUCAUUCAAAGACUUCUCAAGCCUUGACGCAUGGCAGUUUAAAACAGAAGCAGGCUGCUGCAGACAUAAAUCUUCAACGGGAAUUCAACGAACAGAAUGAGCAACACAGCCCAGUGUCUGUAUUAAAUGAACUACCAUCAAUAAAAGAAGUGCAUCGCUUCCCACCAAAACAAGAAGAAGAUGCAUCAGCUUCAAGCACCGUUUUGAGCAUAAAUGCUGAGGACGACUCCAUAAUAUCAGCCUUUUUGUGGGACUUACUAAUUAAAUCUCUGAUUGAAAAUCAGUCUCUUUCUAGUUUCACAGAGUUACGGGAGAUGAUUGGGCCUGCUUUUUCUCAGCACCUGAGAAACGAAAGGAUCUUACAGCAAAGCACGAAGCUAAUUUUUGACUGUGUACACGAAGCCAUAGAAGUACAUAGAAGGAAGAACAGAAGAAAGCAGCAUGGUCAAGAAUUCAUAGGUCCACAAGAGCUUGGAAAAAUCAUCUGUGAGCAAAUUUGCUCUUGGGGAAAACAAAAUGCAGCCGAACAAAUAAAUAUUGAUGUCUCUAGCACAGUAGAAGAUGGCUGCUACUUGCAGCAGCUAAAUAGGAGGAUAGGGAUAGAGAUAGGAGAUACUAUCUUGAAUGAAAUAAUUCAGGAAUUAAUUGAUUUACUCUUUCAGUAA